AUGAGAAUCAAAAAGAGGGAAAAAGGAGAAGAGAUCUCGGUGCCACAAAGAACUUGUGGCUCACAAUCGCCCAGCUCCCGCUGACGUGGCGCCCCACCUUCUUCCCCGGAUCAAUACCCCCACCCCCCACCUUCGCUCUCCCAGACGACGCGGCAACGCCCGCACAAGCACCUCCCCACUCUCCCUCUCUCUCUCUCUCUCUCUCUCUCUGUGCGGAGGAAAUGUCGGGGGACGCGAAAGACCCGGCGAUUAAGCUUUUUGGGAAGACAAUUCCGGUGCCAGAGGUUGCGGGGGGCGCCGGCGGGGACUCUCCUGGAGCUGCGGCGCCUGCUCCUUCUUCUUCGUCGUCGUCGUCCUCGGCGGCGGCAGCUGCUGCUGGUGCUGCUGUUGAGGAAUCUCUCGAUAAGGAUCGCCCUUCUUCUUCGCCCGAUUCCUCUUCGCUGGAGGAGAAAGAGGAGCGAGAAGUUGAGAAGGACAUGUCUAGAGGAAAACUAGUUGAGACUCAACAGGCUGAUGGGACCCUGCCUUUAACUACAGAAGAGUCUACAGAUCCGGAUGCAACUUCAGUAGCGAAUGAGAACCCUAAAACAUCUUCCAUUGACAGUGAAACCACAAAGGUACGGACUUCAAAAACUGAAGAAGAGCAGAAUGAGACGAGCAUCUCACAAGAGAAGACCUUGAAGAAACCUGACAAGAUACUUCCAUGCCCUCGUUGCAAUAGCAUGGACACCAAAUUCUGUUACUAUAACAACUACAAUGUCAAUCAACCUCGGCACUUCUGUAAGAACUGCCAGAGAUAUUGGACUGCUGGGGGAACCAUGAGAAAUGUGCCUGUUGGUGCUGGUCGUCGCAAGAACAAAAACUCCGGCUCCCAGUACCGUCACAUAACUGUAUCUGAAGCCCUUCAGAAUGCUCAAACUGAGAUUCCAAAUGGAAUCAACCACCCUUCACUAAAAACCAACGGGACUGUGCUUACCUUUGGCUCAGAUGCACCCCUAUGUGAAUCAAUGGCUUCUGCCUUGAAUCUUGUCGAGAAGACAACCCUUGCACGAAAUGGGUUUCAUAAACCAGAAGAACUGAGAAUUCCUGUUUCAUGUGUAACUGGACAAAAUGGGAAUGACCAUUUGAGUGGAUCUUCAGUCAUAGAUUCAAAUUCAAAGGAUGACGCAGGCAAAACUUGUCUGCAAGAGCCAUCGAUGCAGAACUGUAAUGGCUUCCCUCCUCAGCUACCUUGGUUUCCUGGUGCUCCUUGGCCUUAUGCAUUCAAUGGAGCUCAGUGGAGCCCCUCAGUGCCCCCUCCUGCUUUGUGCCCUGCUGGCUUCCCUUUGCCAUUUUAUCCUGCAGCUGCGGCAGCUUACUGGGGUUGUACGGUACCAGGCAUGACUUGGAAUAUCCCUUGGCUUUCCCAGCCAUCUCCUCCAAACUCUAUGGCCCCUAGUUCUGGUCCCAACUCUCCAACCUUGGGGAAGCAUUCUAGGGAUGAGAACAUAACUGAAACAAACAAUUCUGGAAAAGAGGAACCUCUAAAAGACAACAAUCCUGAGAAAUGUCUUUGGAUUCCCAAGACUUUAAGGAUUGCUGACCCGGGAGAAGCUGCAAAGAGUUCUAUAUGGGCAACACUGGGUAUUAAGAAUGAUAAAGCUGAUGCUGAUGGCAGAGGUCUCUUUAAGGCCUUCAAGUCAAAGGGUGAUGAGAAGAAUCAUAUAGCAGAAACCUCAACAGUGUUACAUGCCAAUCCAGCUGCGUUAUCUAGGUCACUCAACUUCCAUGAAAGCUCAUAAUGAGCAGCUUGAGAACUUGUAGUUGUUUCAUUAAGGAAGGAAAGGGUAUCAGCUGAUUAAGAGAAGCUAGCACCAAAUUCAAAUGCCGCAGGCCUGCCAGGCCAUGUGUAUUUUCAGACUUUGAAGAAAACAAACUCUCGAGGCAAUCCAACCAAGCAGUAGAGCAGAAGGGUUCUGUAAAUUUCUCUUAGGAGAGAAAUUAGCUGACAUUUUUUUUUUUUUCUCUAAUUUGGGUGAGAGAACUAGCUAGUGUUUGUCAUUUUCCUUGCGGUUUGCUGAAUUUUUCAGUUCAUGUACAUUGUUAUAUAUAUGUAUAAGAUGGUGAGGGGUAGAAGAUGUCUCGUUUUUGUACUAAAUUCCCAUGUGUACUAAAAUAAAUCUUGGAAUUCAAAUCAGGAAUUCAGCGUGGGCAAA